CAUGACCACACCCACAGCAGUGUGGGAAGGCGGAUCAAGACGACUGCAGCAACUUUUAUAUGCACGUCUUCACAUGUUGAACGUUUCAGCUGAAGUGCGACGGCUGAGCAAACUGAGGGAAAACUCUGGAACCUGAAUGGAAACAAGAAGAAGAAGAAGGGUCAAAGGAAGAGAAGAGAGUCUUUAGAAGGAAUAAACAAGGUGAGUAUGGAUCCUGAUUCUGGAGCCACUGAGCUCGAUUCCUCCUGGGUGACUCCAGGAAGUCCCUCCAGAGAUGAACCGGACAACCAGACUCAGGACCAAGAGCUGGAUCCGGUGCUGGUUUGGGUUCCCAGCGGGAGGCGUCUGAUCUCUGGUCUGCUUGGGAUGAAUAUAGUCCUGCUGGGGGCGGCUCUGGUGGCAGGUCAGACCUUUAACCCAGAGGGCCUGAAGCACCAGGAGCCCCUGGUGUUCAUGCUGCUGCUGAUGGGGGUCAGUCUGAUCUGGAUGCUGUGGUAUCUGCUGUGGGCCAGGAAACAGCCAGGGGUCUGCCCACAUAAAGACCACCAUGCUGGGGGAAUCACUGUCAUCUUGGUCCUGAUACUUUUUGCUGCUGCCAGUCUGCUGCUGUACAUCUGCAGGAUUGGUUAUUUGCUCAGUGUGAGGGAGUGUAAUCCUGCUGCUAAAGUGCUCUCUCCAUUCGUAGAGGCUCCCUUUCUCGUGCUGCAGACAUAUUUACUGUGGGCUCACUCCAAAGACUGUAUUCACAGACACAAGAUAAUCACCAGGUCCGGGCUGAUGGUGAUCCUCUCUGCUGACCUGCUGCUGUGGCUGAACUCAGUCACAGAGGACUCCAUCCACGAGGAGAUCGAGUUAGAGAAGGAGGAUAGUCUUCACUUCAGCAACAUAAACUCAUCUGAAGCAGACAUCUCUGAUUUUGAAGGUAAUUCGACCUUGUGUCAGUGUAGUACGAGUGCAGCCUGCCUCGCCUUCAGGAAAGGCUUCGAGAUCCUUUACCCCUUCAACAUCGAGUACUACUUGAUGGCGGGCUGCAUGAUCUACGUGAUGUGGAAGAACGUGGGGCGCAGGACGGGUCCAGGUCACCACGUUGGUCAGAAGCUGACCCUCCGUGUCGUCUACCAAGGUGGGAUCAUAUACGGCCUCGUGUUCGGCGGCCUGGUCCUCGUAGUGGGAGUGACCGUCUUCAUUCUCUACCAGGUGUGGGUCAGCCAGCGGCAGCUUCGCCUCACCGCCUUCCUCAUAUUUUACGGCUACCAUUUAGCCGUCAUGCCCGUCAUGUCUUUCUGCUCCCUGGCUGGGAUGCUGGUCCACAGGCUGGAGAGGAGAGCGCAUGAAGGGGGACACAACCCUACUCGGAGCCUGGACGUGAUCCUCCUGGUGGCAGCAGCUCUGGGCCAGCUUGCCCUUUCCUACUUCUCCCUGGUGGCGGCCCUGGCUCUGGGGACUAAUGCUCCUCUGGCGGACCUGGAGCUGUCCUACUCCCUCCUCAGCCUGCUGGAGCUCAUCCUCCAGAACAUCUUCAUCAUUGAAGGCCUCCACAGGCACCCGAGCCUGCUGACCAAGAAGAAAGAGAGGGAGAGGAGCAGCAUUUUUAAGCCAAAGAAAAAUAUUACCACGCCAACACAAGAGGAGAAGAGGGCAACAACUAUUUCACUGCUGGAGGGAAACACGUCAGCACCCCCUGCUGUUCAGGAGCAUCAUGGGAAGGAGCCCUGGAGCAAAAGAGCGAUUCAAGAAAUCUGUGCUUUCCUCAUCCUUUGUAAUAUCAUGCUGUGGGUCAUACCUGCUUUCGGAGUACACCCCCAGUUCGAGAACGGCCUGGGGAAGCAGUUCUUCGGCUUCAGCACCUGGUUUGUUCUGGUGAAUCUGGGUCAGCCGCUCAGCGUCUUCUACAGGAUGCACUCAGUGGGAGCUUUGAUGGAGCUGCUCAUCUCUGCAUGAUGGGCAGCCGCGGCCUAACACUGACUGUCUGACUGCUGAGACGUUCAUAAAUAAUUUAGUUUAUAUACAUUAUAUGGCCAAAAGUACUUGGACAUCACUGAGCACCUUUAGGAUGAACUGGAACAUCAACUGUGAGCCAGACCUUUCACCCAACAUCAUAGCUGAACUUCACUAAUGCUUUUUGAGUGGAUUAGAUGUUUUACUUGAGUAAAAAUGCUAAUACAGCAAUGUGAAAAUAGCCCAUUACAAGUGAAGGUCCAGCAAAGAAUCGAAGUAAAAGUCCUCUGUAUCUGACAUGUGAUAAUAUUUGACAUUAAUAGAUUGUUGAUUCUGACACCACAUUAGUGCUUCUCCAGCCAGUUACUGUUAUUGCCGCUCGGGAUGGAGCUGGUUUUACACACAUUUUAUAUAAAGUUAGGUAGUUUAGUCUUGUAGUUCCCAACCCAGGGUUCAGGCCCCUCCAAAGGCCAGCACAUAAAUCUGAGGGGUCCUGAGAUGAUUAAUAAGAGAGGAGAGAAGAUACACAAUAUUAUAUUAACCUUUUAGGAGAUAGAUAGAUAGAUAGAUAGAUAGAUAGAUAGAUAGAUAGAUAGAUAGAUAGAUAGAUAGAUAGAUAGAUAGAUAGAUAGAUAGAUAGAUAGAUAGAUAGAUAGAUAGAUAGAUAGAUAGAUAGAUAGAAUAUUCUCUUUAUUGCGAAAUAUUGAGCAAUUUUACCGCUGUGGGCCUCAAAAAUGUAUUUAAAUGAAACCAUCUGAAAUGUUUAGAGGGGAAAUCACAUUUGAAAUAUGACAAGGGUUCUGAACCUGGCACUGCUAAAAAGCCAGAAAACACUGUAUUUUAUUUGUAUUUUAUCUGUAACUUGUAACUACAGCUGUCAGAUGAAUAUGGUGCAGACAAAAUGUACAAUAUUUCCCCGAGAUGUAGUGAAGUGAAAGUAUAAAGUAAGAAAAUACACGUAGAUUAUAAGUACCUCUAAAUAGUGCACAAGCCCAUAACUUGGGAAAAUGGAGACUGUUACCGUUGACCGCUGCUGAAUGGAAGCAAAUCCCUGCAGCCAGGUUCCAAAAUCUGGUGGGACGUCUUCUCAAAAGUGAGACACCAAAUGAUAACACAUGAGUUUAAAUAACUUCAUCUGAGCUCAAACUGAUCAGUUUUUUAUUUUGACAGGAUUCAAUAUAAUAUUCACAUCUGUAAGCGGGUUUCUUGUUGUUUCAGCAACAGAAAACAUUUUGUCUGUCAGGACGUGAGAGAAAAGUCAGUGGUCCUCCACCGCACUGAGUUUCAGUCUCAAUUAAGACCAUGUGUAGUUUCUUUCAGCACAAUGUGAAAGGCUUCAGCGUCCUUCAGUCUACAGUUUCCAGUAGUUCACAUGUGGCAAAGAGUUUUAAAGAUAAACGGAAAGUGUUCUGUGUGUUCUGAACAUGUCAAAAACACAACACAAACCUACGUGCAAAACCUCCACAAACUAUCUUUUUGGCAAAGUGAAUAAUUAAAUAUUCAAUAAAUCACGUCUCAUGAUUA